AUGCAUUUCAACCGCGUCGCCAUGUCCCUUGCUGCCGUCGCCUUCGUCAAGGCCGACCUCCAACUCGACAACGAUGACAUUCCCACCCAGUGCCAGGCCGUCUGUCGCCCCAUUUACGACCUCGGCCAGGCUUGCGAGGUCAACGACGACCUCAUCAACAAUGACCUGACCGAGGAUCGCCUGGAGGCCCAGUGCGUCUGCACAAACAACAGCAUCAACGUCUCCCAGUACGCCGCGCUCUGCGCCAGCUGCAUGGACCAGAACGUUCGGGACAGAGAUGACUUGGAUGACAUCAACGACAUCCUGAGAACCUGCGGCUUCGCCAGCACCUCCUACGCCUCCACCGCAUCCUAUGCUUCCACUACCCCGUCCGUCUCAGCGGCGCGCCCCACUAACUCGGCCCAACUCACAACCACCAUCACCCCCGGCGCGGUCGGGGGCGGAUCCUCUUCCCCGACUCAGACCUCCGCAUCCGGAUCCGGCAGCAACAACGGCGGCAGCAGCACCACCCCGACCACGGCAGGCAGUCAGACUACCCAGACUCCCAAUGCUGCGGGUAUUGUGUCGCCUCAGGGUCUCGGCCUAAUUGGUGCCGCUGCCGUUGGCGCUCUCUUCUUGUAA